UUCUUCUUCUUCUUCCCCAAUCGUGUUGACGAAAUUAGGCGUUUAUUGUUGAAUUAUGGCUUUCUAUUGUGGAAUUAGGCAAAAUGUAGGUAUGGUGUAGGUAUGGUAGAGAUAUACUCUGUUUGUGGGAAGUGGAAACAAAAUGAAAAGCUUCAGUGGGUUUUCUUAGUAGACACAGCGAAAGGUGGAUCCCUUUGUGAAGUAGAUGAGAAUAUUUCAUACAAGGGAUUAGUUGAGAGUGUUAUUGAAGAUUUCGGACUUGAGCGUUUAGUCAAAGAUAUUUCGCUUAGCUAUGAACUUCCCCAAAGGAUGAAGUUGAUGUUAGAAGAUUCUCUACCAAUACAUAUUCGGAAUGAUCGCCAACUUUGCACUUUCAUCAAGAAGAAACAAGGAGAUCCUGAAAUAAUUCGUUUGUGUGUAACGGAACUUCAUCGAUCAACUGGAAGUGACAUCUCAGUUUCUGUGCCACCAAGUGAUACAUGUUCAAUGGCUGAAAAAGGACAGGGCAAUGAUUCAUUAUUUUUGCCUCUUGCUCGAGAUUCUGCUGUGAUUCCUAUAGGGAAGUUCACAUUCAACGGCUGCACAAGAAAACCAGAAGUUGGAACUUCUUCUAUCUCUGCUGCACAUGAAAACCAAAAGGAACCUCAUCCUUCAGUUGGAACUUCUUUUAUCUCUGCUGCACAUGAAAACCAGAAGGAACCUCAUCCAUCAGUCGGAACUUCUUCCAUCUCUGUGCCAUAUAGUGAUACAUGUUCAACGGCUGAAAAAGGAAGAGGCAAUAAGUCAUUGGAUUUGCUUCCUGCUCCAGAUCGUAGUCCGAUUCCUAUAGGCGGUGUACAUUCAACACGAGGUGCUGAUGACAUAUAUGUUAAUAAAUAUUUCAUCAACAAGGCUGAGUUAAUGCAGAAGAUGAGGACAUGGGCGUUAGAGUAUAAGUUUGAGUUUAGGUCUCGAUGGUCUAACAAAGAUAGAGUGGUUUUGGUAUGUGUAGAUGAUAAAUGUACUUGGAGGAUGCGUGCAAUGAGGGUAGUCUCUUAUGAUUUCUUUGUGGUGAAGAAAUAUUGCCAUGAGCACACAUGUGACACUACACACAGAAAUGCAAAUCAUAGGCAAGCUACUGCGAAGUUGCUAGGGACUUUUUACUGUAGCCACUAUGGAGAAAAGAAAGAAGGAUUAAGACCAAAACAGUUGAUGGAGCUAGUCAGGAGAGAUCAUGGAGUACACUUACCAUGUUUGCUUAGUAUCAUCCCUAAUGCAGCUGAUUUGGUAUUUGUUUCUGAUCGUGCUCCAACCAUUACAAAUGCACUUUCAGAGUUGUAUCCGCUUUCCCAUCAUGGAAUCUGCACGUAUCAUCUCGGGAACAACAUCAAAACAAAGUUUGGUAGUCAAAGCUUUUUGCCACUUGUUCAAGCUGCAGCAAAGGCCUAUACUUAUCAAGCAUUUGUAGAGGUUUUCAACGAUAUACAAAUUUCUAAUUCAGAUUUGGCUGCAUAUUUAGAAGAGGCUGAUUUGAAGAAGUGGGCUCGAUGUUUUGCUCCGUCACACCGCUACAAUAUAAUGACAACAAAUAUUGCAGAAUCGUUGAAUUCUAUGUUAAAAGAACCUCGGGAGCUUCCAGUGCUUUCUCUUCUUGAGACUAUCAGGUUAACCUUAACCACCUGGUUUCAUGAACGUCGGGAAAAAGCUGCAAAACACAACAAGCGCCUUACACCUAUUGUUACAAAGGAGAUGGUCUUAAGGGAUAAAAAUUGCACUUGCUGCGUUUUUGACAUCGACAAAAUCCCUUGCAUUCAUGCAAUUGCUGCUUCGAAGCGUACAAACAUGGAUGAAAACAAACUAGCAGAUGAUUUCAACUUGACAGAUACAUGGGCUAAAGCAUAUGCUGAGAGCAUACAUCCGAAAACUAAGGUAAGCAGUGGUAGACCGCCGAAGAAGAGAUUUCGAUCUGCUAGAGAGUUUGGUGUACCAGGUUCAAAAUCUCAGAGACACAAGUGUGGUAGAUGUGGUAAAGAAGAUUUUGGUUUCGAUUCAAAGACUGAGUCAAUAAAGCUCAGUUAUAUGUUACCUAUGAAGUCCAAAAGUUAUGCAGAUACGCCACCUGUGUGUGUAACGAAUGGCCGUCAAUUCGAGGCAUAUCUCCGGCAGUGUUCAAAAGAAUCAGUGAGGCUAUGUGUCAAAAUAAUUGGUGGUGGUAACUGUCGAGAAAAGAAAGACAGGAAAAGAAAGGGCAAAUGUGAGGAGAGUAGAGAAGUGAAUGUGGAAACAGUUCUUGAAGACGAGGAUUACUACAACCGGAAGAGGGACGGAAAAAAACCUGUAGGAGAUUUGUUCAAUCGAAAGUUUGCCUCAACACAACAUUCUGUGGAUGAAGAAGACGAGGUUGAAUCAAUCAUUUCUGAAGCAAUUCGCGAAGAUUUGGAGGAUGAUGAUGAAUUUCCCAGAUCUGAUUAUUGUGAUGAUGAAGACGGAGCGAGCUCAGGAGAUGAAUACUAUGGAUUAAAUUCACGAGACGAGGAAGAGGAGGAAGAUGUAGCUGAUAGAGAUGAAGUGAAGACUACUGGCCAACGGUAUGAGUCCAAGGAUGCACUAGAGGAAAGAUUGAAGAUUCUUAGUGUAAUCCAAAAGUUCGACUUCGAUGUUGAUAGAUCGAAGCCAGACUUGUAUACUGUUAAUUGUUGGGUACCCGGCUCCAGGUGGAGAGUACGAGCUUCACCCAUAGGAGAUUCAUCUGUUUUUAAUAUUCGCAUAUACAAUCGUACCCAUACAUGUUCAGUCAUAGAACGGUCGGCACGUGGUCGGCAAGCUACUCCUGCAAUACUAGGGCAGCUUUACAAGGAAUUUGUUGGUGGUGUUGGUGAAUCCGUAUUGCCAUGUCAUGUGGCGGAAGCACUUAACCUAAGAUAUGGAAUAAAGAUUAAAGAUAUGAAUCCCGAUUUACAUAGCUAUUUGGUAAGGGCUGACGUACGUUUCUGGAGUCGGGUACACUUUCCGGGCGAUAGGUACAACUUCACAACUAGCAACAUUGCAGAGUCUCUAAAUAAAGUCUUAACUGGUGCCAGAAAGUACCCAAUCGUGAUGCUACUUGAUGAAGUGAGGUUGAUGCUGACACGUUGGUAUGCUAAAAGGCGGAAAGAAGCGAUGUUGAUGACAACAACCCUAACAAAAGGUUUAGAAAAACAUCUACAUGACCGUAUUAUUAAGGCAAAGUAUCUGGCUGUACAAGAGAUCGAUAGGCAUCAAUAUGAAGUGACCAAUGGAGUGUCGACAAACGUGGUGAAUUUGACUGCGAAAAAGUGUUCAUGUAUGAUGUUUGAUUUAGACAAAAUAGCAUGCGUUCAUGCUAUUGCUGCAGCAGAGCAUGCUAAAGUUUAUAGGAUUGCACUCAACGACAAAAACUACUUGAUAGAUUUUCUUCGGAUCGGUUAUGCAAUAUCCAUAAUGCCCAAGGAUGGUUCAUCACCUAUCCCACAGAGAAUCGGUUCGACAGUAUGUAAGCCUCCAUUCGUUAGGAUCCCACCUGGAAGGCCAAAGAUUACAAGAAUAAAAGGGCAAACGGAGAUAGCUAUUGAUCGAAGCCGACCAAGGAAAGUUCACGUUUGCUCGAAAUGUCAUUUAGCUGGUCAUAAUCGAACGACAUGUACUUCAUAACAUGUUUUUGUGUUUCAGUACUUCUUAACAUGUUUUUGUUAUAAAUUACAUUUGUCCUA